CCCGCCUCUUGGGGAGUCGGGAGCUUCGAGUCUUCAGUCGGUGGGGCGGGAUCCGUCCUGCCCCCGUCUGUCUCCACCACCGCCGGCCCCGGCCCUCAGUUGAUUUCUUAGGGGUGAAAAGUAGGUGAUCUGCUUCAGGUCUUAAGAUGUCCUUGAAGAUUUUCCUGGAAGAUGGCUGUGUGUGUGCGCCAAGGGGAUUGUCCUUAUUAGGACACAUGGAGAUCCCACUGGAAGAAAACUGCUCAGAGCUGAGCAGGCUCUUUCCCCGGGUUUUCCAGCACCUGAGCAGAAAGAAUGGCUUUACGAAACUCUGCAACAGUAAAAAGUCACUGGCCGAAGACAAAUGGAGUACCUAUUGCCUGACUUCACUGGCUGCCCAGAAUAUUUGUACGAGCCGAUUCAGCAUCAUGUCCCAGACAGAGCGUUCGGACCUGUCCACUUCCAUAUGUAGCACUUCCUAUUCCUCCUUACUCAAUAGCUUGCCUUCGGGCUCAUCUGUUCAGUCUCUCUCCUCAGCGGCGUAUGCCCCAAAUAAAGCCAUAUUUGUGGUGGAUGUGAAGACAAUGAAGAUCCUCGUUGUCAACGACCAAGCUUGUGAGCUCCUCGGGUAUUGCGGUCAGGAGCUGAUUGGCCAGAGGCUGUUGCUGCUCUUUUCUAAAUCCAGCACUUCAGUAGUAGAGGCAUUAAUUAGCGAGUCUGGCGAGACGGAUGAACAUAACGUCAUCUCUUUUGGAACAGUGGUGGAUAUCAUUGGCUCCAACAAGGAGAAGAUCCCUGUCUCCAUCUGGAUGAAGAAUUUGGAGCACGAUUGCUCUCCAUGCUGUGUCGUUUUGCUGGAGCCCGUGGAGAGAUUCACAGUUUGGGUCACUUUCCAGAGUGAUGGCAAGGUAAUAUCGUGCGACAAUCUUUUUGCCCAACUCUUUGGCUAUUCAUCUUUGGAAGAAGUGAUUGGGAACCAGAUCUUGGAUCUGAUUCCUUGUCUGCAGAUGCCGUCCCCAGGCCAGAAGGUCACAGAGGGCUUCAGGAUUCAGAGACUGACCGGGAGAACCAAGGAUGGCAGCACCUUCCCCCUGAGCUUAAAGCUGAGAAUGGACCUGCAGGACGACGAGGAGGAGGAGGAGGGGCAGGCCAUGUGCGUCUACUCGACUUCCCUCUGGAUUUUUACCACCAUCAGCGGCUUGCUCACCCUGCUGCCUGAUGGGACCAUCUAUGGCAUCAACCAGAACUUCGCUCUCACCUUGUUUGGUUACGAAAAGGGAGAGGUGGUGGGAAAGAACAUCACAUUUCUGAUACCUGACUUCUACAACUAUAUGGACCUCGUAGAAAACAGCUCUCUGCCAUCGCUCAGCACUGCUAACUUCUCAGAAGGAAGACGUUCGACUAAUGCUGACAGAGAGUGGAAUCUAGCCAGCCGUGCUGAAGAUCCUGGUGUUUAUAUCUUGCAUUCUGCAGAUGAACUUCAGGAAAUCCUUGAGAACCAGGAAUCAGCAGGACCCUCCAGAGACCCCAGUAAGAUGGUGAUCCUUGGUGAAAAUAAUGGGAAUGAUUCACCGCCCGUUUUUUUACCGUCCUAUGAAACAUCCAGACCAGGGAUGGAUAAUGGCGCUGCCAACAGUCUGCCUGCACAAGGAGAGCAGCCCUCGUCUGUGGGAGCUUCUGAGCAGGAACCAGCAGAGAUGGGGACGGCGCAAGGUCAAGAAGGCGGUAUCGCUGGUAUCUUGAAAAAGGACGAUAAUGUUCAGUCUAGAAAAGACUCUCAAAAACAGCAGCCACAACGGAAUUCAGCUGUGAACCUGGGAGAGUCCACUUCUCAAUUCAGGGUCUCAGGAAGUGCCGACGGAGCAGACUCUUUUCCCGUUAUUACUGACGUCCCAAACGAUGACGUGAACUCCUCGGGGUAUGGUGAGAAGGAUCGCUUCCCGGAGACUUUAGACCCCCAAACAAGUCCUCCGCCCAAGGUGGCGUCCCCUGAUGUAGAUGCUCCAGAGGACAGCCGGGGAGGACCAGCACCCAAAGACACACUCUCAACCCAAAGCCUUUCAGAGUACGAUCACGUGGAGCCCUUAGAAGACCCAUUAGGAAAGCAGAUGCUGGAUGCCCAGGCAACGUCCACCCCUGUGAAGAUGGGAAAGCAACAGAUGCCAAGAAGUACCCUCCCGAUGGAGAUACUGGAAGGCAUGUACACUGGGAACUGUAAUCACAAAGAUGGGACCCAGCUCAGUGUUCAGUUUGAGGUAAAGCACGUGGAGCUGAAUGGUCCCGCCAAUUUGUUCUGCUGCUGGGUGGUGAAAGACUUCUUCCAGAGCCACCACUUGUCCGGCAGGGUGCAGUACCUGUUCUCCAGCUUGUGCACGUCCUCUCAGUCCUUAUUUGAUGAGCCCAGGAUCAACAUGGGAGAAAUGAAAAAAAUCAAAGACCGUUUGGAUGAAUCCUCGCAGAGCAAAGACUUAGAAGGACUGAGGGCUUACGAUGGAGAAUAUUCAAAGCAUUACACCACCGUGAGGCCCAUUGGCAGUGGCGCCUUCGGCUUCGUUUGGGUCGCCAAGAGGAAGGAAGACGACAAGGAGGUGGUGGUCAAGUUUAUUAGGAAGGAGAAGGUGUUGGAGGACUGUUGGGUAAUGGAUUCCGAAAUGGGACGAGUGACUCGAGAGAUUGCCAUUCUCUCUCGGAUGCAGCAUCCCAACAUCAUCAAGGUGAUAGACGUGUUUCAAAAUGAAGGCUUCUUCCAGCUCGUGAUGGAGAAACAUGGGUCGGGCAUGGAUCUCUUCACAUUCAUUGACAGCCACCCCAAUCUGGACGAGCCCCUGGCCAGCUACAUCUUCAGACAAGUGGUGUCAGCAAUGGUGUACCUCCGGUCCCAAAAGAUCCUGCACAGAGACAUCAAGGAUGAGAACAUUAUCAUCGCAGAGGACUUCAGCAUCAAGCUGGCGGACUUUGGCUCGGCCGUCACCAUGGAGACUGGCAAAAGCUUCUCUACCUUCUGCGGCACCAUCGAGUACUGCUCCCCAGAAGUCCUCAUGGGGCACGCCUAUGAAGGACCAGAAAUGGAGAUGUGGGCCCUCGGGGUGACCCUCUACACCCUGAUGUUUGAAGAGAAUCCUUUCAGUGAGCUGGACGAGGCCCUGGAAGCCAUUCUGCACCCCCCGUUUCUGGUCUCAUCUGACCUUUUGAACCUUCUCUGUGGGUUGCUGCAGCCCAAUCCAGAAGAACGCAUGACCUUGGACAUGGUGACACACCAUCCGUGGGUGACCCAGCCUGUGAACUUAGCUAACUAUUCCUGGGAGGAGGUGUGUCGCUUAAAGACCAGACAAGCAAGUAGCAGUCAUUUACCCUAGAGGAGAGAGAAAACUGAAUGAAACACAUGGCAGCACACUGUGCCACUUGGCCAAAGAAUCGAGCAACAGAGGGACAUCAUGGUGUAGGGUGGGGGGCUGUGUGACACUUCCACUAACCUAGGAGGAAGAACCCAGGAUCCAGUUGGGGCCGAUUCUCUCUCUCCUCCCCCUUUCUCCACUGCAUCACUUGGAGGCAGACAUUGAGUCUGGUGAAUCAUUAAUUGUCUAGCAUGGAAAAAGGCUGAGAAGCUUUAAGAUCCGACCCCCAAGAAACUGCCAUUCAAGAGGAGGGGGUCAGAAAGUGAGCAAUAGGGAAAACCAAGGGAAAAGACAAAGUAUCAAAAAAAAUCUAAGAAUAAAGAAAACUUAGGGACCUUAAGCAUAAGCAGAUAAACCACCAGGAAGACAUUAAUAGUAGGAGGGAAAUAUGGCCUCCAGAUCAAGUGAAAGUUGAGGCAUUUGUGAGUAUGUAUUUGAAGACAAAGGAAACUGAUCCUAUACUUGAUGAGGCAGAAAGAAUAGAACAGUACCACAAUGUUCCCAAAUUAUUUAAAUGAGAAAUGAGUCAUUUGAGAGCACAAUUUAUGGUCUGAACAUCAGAUAAAACUGGCAGGACAGAAAACUUUGAAUCUACAGUGGCAAGUGUUAUAAAAAAGGAUAACAGAUUGGGAAUGCAAACAUAUGAAAGUAAAGGGCAAUCUGGAAGAAGAGGUGUAAAAAGCAACUGCACUGAGAGAAAGCAUGCUCUCCACACAAGCAAAACACAAUGAUCUUGAGGACAGGAUGCACAGAGAUAAAGAUUAUAGGUCUCCCUGAAGAGUAAAAAAACCUGAAAACAGUCGAGUGAAAGACUAUGAAACCGCUCAGAACCUCUAAACACAGAAUACAUGCCUCCAGAAAAACAAACUCAAGGCUGCAAACUGCACCGUGGUUAAGUUGAACAGUUCUACUGAGAAACAAGUUCUGUGAGCAAUCAGGAGAAAGACAUCAUUUAAAGGGAAAUACAUUCCAAUAACACAAAACUAUUCUACAGUCACCUGAGAAUCAAGGAGGGAAUGGAAUAAUGUGUUCCAAAGAGCCACAGGGCUCAAGAUGCAGUUAAUACACAUCUUAUGCUGAAUUUUAACUCAAGUCUUUUUGACUCUAGGCUCAGCACUCUAUCCACUGUGGUGCCGUCAGCCUGCUGAACGUAGUUUAAAAUCUGAUUCCACAUUGUGUUUAUUUCUGUAUUUUAAUGUGAUGCAAGAAUAAAGUGAAAAUAAUUGCUCAUACAAAUAUGUCAUGGAAAUGGUAGGAGGAUUUUACCAACUCUCUUGCCGAGAGAUGGAAACAUUUCAUUUUUAGCUACUCAAACGACAAAAAUACCUAGUUGUGACA